AUCAUAUUCUCUCUAUUUCUUCUACAAUGUGUCGUGGACUCCUAGUCGAUAGAAGUUUGAGGAUUUUAUCUAUUAGUAUUCUUUUUUCGCAUUCCCUAAUGCCUAAUAAUUCACUCGUAUGUUUUUUGUGAUUUUGUACAUCUUAAAGAUUGUUGGCACUGAUGGUCAGCAAACUUGCGUAGGGCUUGUCAUACGAAAUCCGAAAACCGGAAGGAUCUCUGUUGCCCAUAUCAUUUAUUCCUAUAUCGUUGAGGUUGGUCUAACCCAGAUGUUAUCCUCCAUAGGCGAUGAAGAAAGUGAUGACAUUUUGGACGUUCAUAUAAUUGGUGGUUACAAUACUUCACCGCAACAAAAUUGUAGAACGUGGGAUGGAACUUCCACUUUUAUUUGUUUGAAGACAGUUGAAGUCCUUUGGAAAAGCAACAAAAGAUUUAACAUUCAAACUAUGUAUAUUCUUAAUGACAACACCAUAUAUGAUGAAGAAGGAAAUGCUUAUCCAUUUCUCAAAGGUUUUCUGGUGGAAACUGGCAACGGGUCAAUAUUUCCAGCAACCUUCCAUGAGACUACAAAAGGUCCUGAUGAAUAUAUUCGGCGUAUUCGAGAACGCGCUUGUCUAAGGGACCCCAAUUGGGAUAAUAGAUUGCUCGAGACAUAUGAUAUUGAGUCUGACCAAUUCACUAUUGCUUAUGUUUCUAGGGGCAAAAGAUAUUUGAAGUAUAUUGAAUCACUGCGAAACCAAUCUGAUGAGGAACUCUGCAAUACUUAUCUAACUGUUCCGAUUCCAAUGACUCCUCAUAAUAUAUUUGUAAUAAGACGGUAAUUGAACAACAUAUAUAUUCAUGUUUUAUUUUUAGUAAUGGUGCAUGCAUUAGCUAUUAAUUACACUUAUCUUUCAUUCCUUUUUACUCCAUCGAUGAACCUUAUCAAGGACUAAAUUAUCAAAUCAUUCUUUCUCUCAGAGAUUUGGAAAAGUUAUUCCAAGUUCCCAAUUGGGAAGAAGUAUUUCCAUUCAGACGACCUCGAACAUUUUUUAGAUCCAUUGAUGGGGGUUGGGCCAUGAGAACGAGUGAACAUAAUCAAAUACUCAAGAGAACCGCCAAUAGGGUUUGUCAAGGGAGAUACAAUAUUCAAUAGCCAACUCAAAUUAGAUUAAAUAUCGUGGUAGUCUAUGAUGUAUUAUUAUUUUUAUUAUGUAAACAGAUAUGCCUGUACCCUAUGUUGCCGGAUAACGUUGCACAAUCACAUGUCCUAAUGUCCUGUUGUAUAAAAUAAAGUAAUUAAUAAAUUUAACAGCCAUGUUAGUUAUAGUUUCAUAUUUAUAAUCCUGUGGAUCAUGUGGUUU